UACUAAACAUAGUUUUGUAUUUUCUUUGCAGUAAUGAAUGUUAUAACAAUUGAAGACUAUAAGAGCACAUAUUGGCCAAAGCUGGACAGUGCCAUAGAUCAGCUUUUAACUCAGAGUCCUGGUGACUACAUCCCUAUAUCCUAUGAACAAAUAUACAGUUGUGUGUAUAAGUGUGUAUGCCAGCAGCAUUCGGAACAGAUGUAUAGUGACCUAAUAAAAAAGAUAACUAACCACUUAGAGAGAGUCUCAAAGGAGCUGCAGGCCAGCCCUCCAGAUCUCUAUAUUGAAAGAUUUAACAUAGCUCUUGGACAGUAUAUGGGAGCAUUGCAGAGCAUUGUGCCUCUUUUCAUAUAUAUGAAUAAAUUUUACAUAGAAACCAAGCUUAACAGAGACUUAAAAGAUGACCUUAUAAAGCUGUUUACGGACCAUGUUGCAGAAAAGCACAUUUACAACCUAAUGCCUUUACUUUUGGAAGCUCAGUCAACACCGUUUCAAAUAACUCCUUCAACCAUGGCAAAUAUUGUGAAAGGCCUGUAUACACUAAGACCAGAAUGGGUACAGAUGGCACCAGCUUUAUUCUCAAAAUUCAUCCCUAACAUUCUACCCCCUGCUGUGGAGUCUGAGCUUCAGGAAUAUGCUGCUCAAGACCAGAAGCUCCAAAGAGAGCUUAUGCAGAAUGGAUUUACAAGGGGUGACCAGUCACGCAAGAGAGCUGGAGAUGAGUUAACUUACAAUGGCUCUUCAGCUUGUGCAAGCUCCAGGGGAUACAGAUAGUGAAUAUACUGGAUCAGCUUCUAUUCCUAUCCAGAACAGACACUGGAGGAGCACAGGUGGUAUCCGGAGCCUCCUUUGGCAACUGCUGAUACUCGAGCUCUGACACGAACUAUGCCUCGAAGAAGAGUUUUGGACUUUCUUCUUUACAUAAUAAAAUGUCAGUUGCUGCUACAAUUGGAAUGACUUUGAAAGACGUGAUUCCUUGGUCUAGUCUCUCAAUCAGUUCUUGCUCUGCGAUUUUGUGAGGAAUGCACCUUGAAAAACAAUCCUUUCAAAGUGGAAAUGGGUAGCCGAAAUCAGCAGCUUCCAAAAGUGUUAGAAUGGAAGAAUCUUUUUUGCACUCUUUUCUUAAUAUUAAGGACAUUCUUAAAACUAGUUAACACAUCAGUGUAUUAGUUUUUAAACUUUAAGGUGUUUUCUGGAGCUUUUACUUAAUAAGAAUAAAGUUUCAUUAUUUUGCAGUAUUUGUUCAUUAGUAUGAAAAUGAUGUCACCUUUUAAGAGUUGGUCCCAUAUAAAGUAUCUUCUGUCAGGGAGUUUUAAAUUUCAAUUUUUCUUUUAUCUGUUUCUUUUUUGUAACUCUCUCUGUUUUAAAAAUCUGUUUUCCUAUAUGUUUGUACUCUGUGCCUUCAGCUUGUGCACUUUGCUACUUUAUAGACCAUAUUUUGUUACUGCAAAAUAGGUUCCUGAGGGAAAAUUCUGAUGUGAACAAACAUGCUGCAAAGUUGCACUUUCUCUUGCAUCGAUAGGAGACGUUUAGGAAGGAAAGAUGAAAAGUCGAAUUUGCCACUGUUGCUAACAGUGACUUGGUAGUUUGUCCCUUUUUAUUUUUCACGUGUGUUGGUGUUCAGUGCUGGGGCCAGCCCCUGCAGAAUCCCCCUCGUUGACCCUUUCACUGGCUUCUGUAUUUGCAGUAGAUGUGAAUUCCCGAGCGAAUGAAAUGC